AUGAACAAAGCAAAACCCCGCUACCGGAAUAAUGAUAUACCCAGUUUUCCAGCUAUCGCUCAAGGUACAUCCGCUCCAUGUAACCCAACGGCGUUCUCAUUCCUCACCACAUUUCCUGCCGAAACUCGAAACGUCGUGUAUAACGCGCUAUUCCACGUCCCAGGUGGCAUCCGCGUAUCGCCCUCAUGGGAUUACGUUACAGGAGAUACAUUCGAAGACCAAGAAUUGCGAAAGGGUUUAGUGGCUGGUCUUCCUAUCUUGUCCACAUGCCGGCAGAUAUACCACGAAGCUGCUACGACCCUCUUCUCCAACAAUACCUGGACCGUCUCUAGGGACCUUGAUCAGAUGGAGGUCCGAGACGGUACCAUUUUGAACGGAACAAUGACCGAGGCUGCAGGUGCAGUGCAAAUGCUGCAAGAUUUUGGCUCUCGCAAAGUAAUGGUAAGAGAGAUCCUCCUCGACUUGGAUAGGGCAUGUCCGGUUCCAUGUCCAAUGCAUCGGGUAGAUCCAGUUCCUAACCAUCCGAUGCCAUACCGUGAAUCUGAACAUGCGGUGGAAAUGUGGGACCUCGCGACGGCGAUGUUGCAUCUACCACAUCUCAGAGUGGAGUUUGUGCAUCCCAAACGUCAGGCGUGUUAUGAUUUCCAUCCCUCCCUCGGCGGUUUUGAGCACGACAUCAGUGUUCAGCUUGAUGUCCUUAAUGCCACUUUCGAUACGUUACGGCGAGAUGCUAUCGGUAUCAGGGGAUACGGGAAACAAGUUCAGUGGGUAUUUGUUCAAAGAGAUUGCUCCGAAGGCAAUGUGAUAUUUCGAUCACCAGUACCCGUCCCAAUGAAAGAUCGGUCUAAAUUACGGUUUGCCAUAUCCGAAGAGGGCAGGAAUUUGGCAUGGAAAAGUCUCGAAAGAACACCACCUUCUCUCAUGGGCCUACCGUGGCAUAUCAAAGACCAGAUUAUUAACGAUGUCAGCUUCGUAGGCUGUGCUGGUCCUCCUGAUCAUGGUCCAGAGAUCAUUUGGGAUAUGGAUAAGAAGACUUUAACGGGAGCAACCCUUCUCGCUAGCGAGAUAUGUAAGAGGGUGCGGGUGUUGUUCUUCGAUAGGCUCUGGGAUUAUAAGCAACAUGUCCUCAAAAUAGGAACUAGUCAACUCCGCGCAGACUUCAGCAAGUUUCAGAGUCUGCAACAACUCUGGACUGUGAACCACCCCUCCCCUCAUUGGAUUGGUAAUCAUAAGUUCAAAGAUCUGGGUCCUUCACUAAGACUUCUUCUGGAAUUCCGAGUUCCCUGA